GCCAGGCGCCCUGCUUGCUAUUCCGAUCACGGGCGCCGCUGAUUCACAGCCUCGGAGCCGCUCAUGAAUAGAAGCGGAGACUUUUGACGUCAGAGGGGAGAUUUAUCAGCAACCCAAAGGGCGAAGAAUAUUCAGAGCUGCGGGCUGCCAGCCAUCCGCCGGUGCCAGCCUCGCCGGCCAUGCUCGCCCGGGAAGGACGCGCCGCUUGCGCCCCAGACUGAGCCAGCGGGGCGCGGGGAAGCAAGCCGGACCCGAGACUCUCCAGCGAUGUUCCCCAACCCGGCCGCCGCCGCCGCCGCCAUGGAGGAGCAGCUCCGCCAGCAGCAGCACCAGCAGCAGCGGCUCCUGGUGCUCUUCAACGCCUCUUCGCUGCCGCUGGCCAGUCUCUGGCCGCCCACCCGGCUCUCGGCCGCCGCGGGCAGCCCCGCCGUCGACCUGCCGCCCGCCGCCACCGCGGCCGGAGAGGAGGCCGCAGCCCUGGCCGUGGCGGGCGCGGUGAGCCCCUGGGACAUCGCGCUGUGCGCCACCGGGACGGCGAUGGCGGGCGAGAACGCGCUGGUGCUGGCCGUGCUCUUCUACGCGCCCGGCCUGCGGGCGCCGCCUUUCCUGCUGAUCGGCAGCCUGGCGCUGGCGGACCUGCUGGCCGGGCUGGGGCUGGUGGUCAACUUCAGCGUGCAGUACCUGGUGCAGCCGCCCAGCGAAGCGGCCACGCUGAGCGCGGCGGGGCUGCUGCUGGCCGCCUUCUCGGCCUCGGUCUGCAGCCUGCUGGCCAUCACCGUGGACCGCUACCUGUCGCUCUCCAACGCGCUCACCUACCACUCGGAGCGCACGCGGACCUUCACCGCCGCCUCGCUGCUGCUGCUCUGGCUGGCCUGCCUGGCCGUCGGGCUCCUCCCGCUGCUGGGCUGGAACUGCCUGCGCCAGCCCAGCGCCUGCAGCGUCCUGCGCCCGGUCACCAGGGACAACGCCGCCGUGCUGGCCGUGGCCUUCCUGCUCCUCUUCGCCCUGAUGCUGCAGCUCUACGGGCAGAUCUGCCGCAUCGCCUGCCGGCACGCCCAGCAGAUCGCCGUCCAGCACCAGUUCAUCGCCAGCGCGCAGGCCACCUCCACGCGCAAGGGCCUCUCCACGCUCUCGCUCAUCCUGGGCACCUUCGCCCUCUGCUGGGUGCCCUUCGCCAUCUACUCCCUGGUGGCCGACGCCUCCUACCCGGCCGUCUACACCUACUCCUUGGCCCUGCCGGCCGCCUGCCACUCGCUCCUCAACCCCAUCGUCUAUGCUUUCCGCAACCCCGAGAUCCAGAAGUCUCUGUGGCUGGCUUGCUGCGGCUGCAUCCCGGCCGGCUUCGCCUCCCGACCCAGGACGUCCAGCGAUGUGUAGAGGUGGGCUGGCCCAGAGGCAGCUGGAAGCCAACACGCCCCCUCCCCUCCACUGCCGCCCCACCCCCGUUUCCUUCUGGAGUCUCUGCCGGAGGAAGGAAAGAAAACCCAGAGCAGAAACACGCGACAGCCGCCUUUCUGGGGAACGAAACCCGAGGUCGAGAGGAAAGCAAUUCCAGACAGUUAUUUUCUCAUAUCUGAUUUUGCUACAACAGAGGCAAGAGGCGUCCGACUUUGGCCGGGGGGGGGGCUCCCUGCCAAAGGAGGAGGCGGCAAGUUGGCCAAAGAGCCGUCCGCGACGGAUUCAGUGGAGAGUAAUUGCAAAACGAGGGUCUUUGCCCUCAAGGCCUUUUCUUGAUUCAUGCUAAAGUCCCUUCGCCUUUAGUGUAAAACCUGGAUCUCAGGAGUGGGCGGGGUGGAGGGACCGAAUGGAUCCUGAUUUGAUUUUUUUUUAAGUGAUCUUUUAUUGGCAGGAGGGAUGAUUGACAGUUCUUGUGAGAUCUGCCUUCAGGAUGGGGAAUUGAGGGGAGAAAGGCAAUAAAGGAUGGGUGGUGGGGUCUUGCCCCUCUUUCACAUAAGCCCAGUUUUGGGGGCUGGAGUAUGUGUGGUUUGUGGGUGAAAAUGCGGCCCAAGCAGCCCAUCAGCUGCACCGUUCCGACUUGAGCUGGAAUGUAAGAUUUAAAUGCUCACUCCUUCGCACGGAAUACCGCCGUGGGGAAAGCGUAGGCCGUUUAACAGGGACGUCCCUCCCCCCCCCCCCCCCUUUUUUUUGUUUACUCCGAUCGGAUUUUUCUCUGCUAUGCAAUAUCGAAACCACCUUUCAAAACACACACACGCCACGCACGCACACACGAACACACACGCACGCACGCAGCCCACAGGCUCACGCGCGAUGAGCCGAGUCGGGUUGGGAUGACUGGAGCCAGCCGAAAGGGCUCCUCGCCAUCCCGCUUCAGCACCUCCGGCGUCGGACAGCUCCCCGCAAGCAGCAGCAGCCGCAGGAGGCCUCCGAAGGCGCCCCCGCGAGUCCCGUUUUUAUGGGGGAAACGUGAUUGGGGGGGGGGGAGCGUGUAUUGCGCAUGUCAGCCCAGCUAGAACGCGGGGCAGAGACAGAGGAACCCCCCCUCCCCACAUCUUUCAGUAUUGCCUCCGCCUCUCAAGAAGGUUGUGUAAUUCAUGGGUGGGGGAGAAGGUCUGUUGAGGGACUCCUCCCCCCAUUUCCAACAGUGCAAACCCAUCUAGGGAGCUACAGGCCUAAAAGCACUUUAAAUUCAUAAUGUCUCACUAUGUGAGACUAAGGCCACCCCCUUUGUAUUUGGAGGUACUAUUGAGAUAAAGGCAGGGGGCAAAGUAGGCUGUCUUACAAUGAAAGCAAAGGGGAGAACCCGGAAACCACAAGUAGUUGGUAUGACUUCUUAACUACUCUGCCCACCAUCCCCGUCUGCUAUUCUGAUUCAAGGGAGGGCCAUUCCUCUUUUAAACUGUCAGCUUGAUUUAAGUCCCAACAGGCACUUGGAAAAAGAGGGACCUUCAACUUAGCCAGCAUGUUCUGUCAACACAAAUGUAUGUGUGUAACACGUCUGAAGAGCAUGUUUUGCUCAAAUCUAUUUUCUCUGGAAUGUGAAAUUAGCAAAUUGCCCCCUUGUCUUUGGUUUUAUUUUGACUGUGGAAAGGGAUGCCUUGGGGCCAUUUCAUAAAGAGACAAUGGUGGGGAAAAUAAUAUUUCAGUGAAUUUGCAGCCAUUUCCUCUUUAGCGAUUCAAAGUUUCUCAUGGUGUCACCCAACCAUCAUUACAACCACUUGCCACCUAUCUUCAGUACCGUUAUUUCAGUAUAAUGAUUGUUGGAGAUGCUGUAAGUCAGUACAAGAGCCAUGGUGGCACAGUGAUUAGCAUGCAGUACUGCAGCCUACUUCUGCUGCCUGCCAGCUGCCUGAAAUUUGGCAGUUCGAUUCUCACCAGGCACAAGGCUGACUCAGCCUUCCAUCCUUCCAAAGUGGGUAAAAUGCAGAGCCAAAUUGUUGGGGGCAAUAGGCUGAUUCUGUAAACUGCUUAGAGAGGGCUGUAAAGCACUGUAAAACAGUAUAUACAUCUAAAUGCUAUUGCUAUUGCUACAAGUAGUCCUUGUUAGGGCCAAGUUAGUUGUAACAGGGUUACUGAAGAAUCCCAUUACUGAUAUACUGUAUAAACCUGUCACUUACUACAUUCUGUGAGGGUGUGUGGGAAUGACCUUGGCAGACAGGAGGAGGACAUAUUGCCCAGGCAAAUGGUUGAUAAGAGGCAGCUCAAUCUGCAGGUUGGGAAAAAAACACAGGAAGCAUUUCCUAAGGGACCUUCCCUAGUUUUCCAGAGACUAAAAGAAGAGGAAAAGAGAAAUGCUUUCGGUCUUGCAAGAUUCUAUUUAAUAUAACCUUACAAUUUGAAAAAAUGCUAAUAUUCCUGCUGUACUUUUUCUCUGGACCUUCUCAAAACUUGCAAGACUGGAAGUGUUUUCCCCUCCUCCUCUAAUAGGCAGCAGGCCUUCCUCCUGUCUCCCAAGAUCAUUCCGCAUGCCCUCCCAAAAUGUGACUAGUGGUAGUUGUGCAAUUUCAUGUGUGUGGUACAAAACUUCAUAUUUUACAAAUUUUUGCAAACACAACCUGAAAGUUGCGUUUUCUCUGCACUAAAUCAUUAUUCUUGCUCUACAGAAAUAGCCUCUGAUUUUCCUUCCUUAAUCAAUAGGGGACAAUAGGAGUAAAAGAAGGGAGAGAAGGUAUCAGCUCAAGGGAAACGCUGAGCUUUGCAGAUUUUCAAAAUCUAAACAAGAGUAAUUUUAAAAAGUGAACUAAGCAUGCUCAGUAGUGGUGGAGUGCACUACCCUAGCUCAAAGUGCUUGUCCUAUUGCUCUCCAAAUGUGUUGGAUCACAAUUCCCAUCAGGUCUAGCCAGCAUUCAGGUUAGAAGGUUUAUAGCUCAGCACCCAGUUUGAAAAGCUGAAAGUUACCCUGCCAAAAAAGUAAAGAAACAGCAAACUGAAGUUGAAUUUUAUCAUAGAAGCAGAUCUUCAUUGCUUUAUAUUUUUUGUGUGUUUCUGAAAGGAUGUCUAUUUUGUAUAUGUCAAUGACCUGCCCACCCUUACAGUGGUGUUCAAAACCCAACCAGAUUCUCUUUCCUUCCUCCUCCUUGGCCCUCUCCUCCACAGUUUAUCAGGCAUCUCUUGG